AUGGAUGACUGUAAUGGCCGAGUGCCUAAAUUUAAACCUACGGAUGACUGUAAGGGCCAUGUGCCUACAUUUGAGACCCGUGAUCGUGAACAUUGUGUGUCGAAAUGUCAUGAUUUAAAUUAUGCGUUUUGUGAUGAUAAAGUUGCUUGUGAAUCUCCUAGGAAAUUCCCGAAAUUUAUUCCUUCUAGAACAGGUGUGACGGAUUCAGAAAAGAGUGUUACUGAAGAUCAUGGCAAGGAAGACUCAAGUGUCACUGCCUCAGAAGACGAGCAAAGAUCAGAAAGUUCAAGUGAAGAUCAAACAGUAAGUGAUGAAAGUCUAGAAUUCCCUAGUGAUGAAACACAGAAAUCCUCAAGUGAAGAUCAACCCACCAAUGAUGAAAGUUUCGAAUGUUCAAAUUCUGAAACCAUUGAAGAUCAAGACUCAGAAAGUUCAAACAAAGAUCAAAGUUACAAUGAGUCGAGUUACGAAGCAAGUGAAGAGCAAAGCUCAAGUGAGGACAACAUGUCUGAAAGUUCAUCCGAUUCAGACAAUGAUGAAGAAUACUCAGAAGAUGAAAGCAGAAAUAAACUCCAGAAAUGGCUUCGUAUGCUCAUGGAAUACAUCUGGCAGGUGGACAGCGAAUGUUCGAGACACAUGACUGGAUUGAAGGAACUUCUGAAGAACUUUCGCUUCAUCGAUGGUGAUUUCGUAUCUUUCGCUGGAGACGAGAAAGGAGGAAAGAUUGUUGGAGUAGGAGAUGUGGUGUCUGAAGCCCUCACGUUGGAGAAUGUCAACUAUGUUCCGGAGCUGUGCUACAAUCUCAUGAGUGUCUCACAAGUCUGUGAUAAAGGAAUAUCGGUGCUUUUCAAUGACAUGGAAUGCUUGUUCCUCAAGCCCGGAUAUGUUGUUCCUGCUAAAAUGAUCAUGCUCACUGCUCCAAGACAAAACAACACAUACGUGCUCAACAUGAAAAAUGCCAAGACACAUGACAAUCUAACCUGCUUGAUCUCUAAGGCUUCAGAAUCAGAAUCACUGCUUUGGCACAGUGUUAAAAGUCUUGCUAAAAGUUCUUACUGUUUGGUGAUCACCGAUGAUUUCUCUCGGUUUUCAUGGGUCUAUUUUCUUGAAGCAAAAAGCGAGACAGCUGAAGUUCUCAAAUCAUUCAUCCCGCUGAUUGAAAAUGUGACCAAACUAAAAGUGAAGUCGAUCAGAAGUGACAAUGGGUCCGAGUUCAAAAAUCAGACCUUCAUAUCCUUCUGUGCUGAAAAGGGAAUUCAUCUUCAAUACAGUGCAGCCAGAACUCCCCAACAGAAUGGAGUUGCUGAAUGCAAGAAUAGAACGUUGAUCGAAGCUGCACGAACCAUGCUGGUGGACUCAAAGCUUCCUAUCAUCUUCUGGGCAGAAGCUGUAAAUAUGGCAUGUUACGUUCUAAACAGGGUACUUAUUGUAAAACCACAUGGAAAGACAGCAUAUGAACUUCUCUUCAAAAGAAAGCCGCUCAUUGACUUCUUCAGACCAUUUGGUUGUUCGUGCACCCUUCUAAAUACUCAGGAAAAUCUCAUCAAAUUUGAAGCAGUGGGUGAUAUCUGCUACUUCAUGGGGUAUUCAUCCACACAGAAGGCCUACCAUGUUUACAACAAAAGAACGAAGAUGGUGAUUGAAUCCUACUAUGUUGAUUUUCAAGAAGGAAACUACACCAACACCGGAAGUACUCCUGAUUGGUUCUAUGAUGUGGGCGUGAUUUUUAACACCUUUGAAAUUCCGGAAGUAGCUCCAGAAACUGAACCUGUUGAAGACACUCAAGUUGAACCACUGUUUGACUCAUCUGACAUUGGUUUAACCCCUUUUACCACCCGUCUAUCUCCAUCAUCUGCUGACCCUAUUCUGGCUGCGAAUGUGGAUGAACCAACCCAAGAAGCUGAUCCACCAGUGAUUUACGUGGAUGAACACUUCACCAACCUUCCGCAGCAGAUUGAAUCUCUGACAAAUGCCGGAUACAAGACAAACAGAAAUCAUCCUCUUGAAAACGUCAUCGGCGCAGUCGAAGAAGGAGUACGUACACGCGGGCAGUCAUCAAGCAUCAACAAAGGCCUCUUCGCAGCUUUUCUUUCGCAAUCCGUUCCACGAGACAUUGAAGAUGCUAUACAAGACUCCAGUUGGGUCCAGGCCAUGCAGGAAGAGCUACCUCAAUUCAGAAAGCUUAAAGUUUGGGAACUAGUAGAUUUACCUGAAGGAAAGUUUCCAAUUGGUACUAAAUGGGUCUUCCGUAACAAGAUGGAUGAUCAUGGAGUGGUAAUCAAGAACAAGGCCAGAUUGGUGGUACAAGGUUUUCGUCAGGAAGAAGGGAUUGACUACGAAGAAGUAUUUGCUCCGGUUGCACGACUGGAAGCAAUCAGAAUAUUCCUGGCAUAUGCAUCAUAUAGAAACUUCAAAGUUAUCCAAAUGGAUGUCAAGAGUGCUUUUCUUUAUGGGAAAGUAAAGGAAGAAGUUUAUGUAUGUCAGCCUCCAGGGUUCGAAGAUCCUCAUUUUCCAGGUCGCUAUUUCAAGUUGGACAAAGCACUCAAUGGUCUUCACCAAGCUCCACACGCUUGGUACGAGACUUUGUCCACAUACUUGUUAGAGUGUGGAUACACCAGAGGAAAGAUCGACAUGACUCUUUUCACCAAAAAGAUCGGGGAGGAUGUAAUGCUGGUUCAAAUCUACGUCGACGAUAUUAUCUUCGGGUCAACGAACGGGGCGUUGUGCAGAGAAUUCGAAACCGUCAUGAAGAUUCUCAGUAUGGUGAAGAACCUCGAGUGGGAUAAAACGUUGAAACAUAAUCAAAGCAUCAAGCUAGAUGAGGUGCCUCAAGAUUUUGAAGAUGUAGCUAGAUGGGUGCGUUCCAGCAGAAUCGGUUAUGCUGUGGAAACAGACGUUAAGGUUUACAAGAUUCACAUACAAGAAUUCUGGGAGAACGCAAAACCUGAGACUAUCAAUAACAAAAGAGGGAUAGCGUCAACGGUUAAAAGAGUAGAGGUAACUGAAGACAGGAUUCGCCAGGUUCUGAAGCUACUAGACAAUGAUCAAGAUCCGUUAAGCCUGAGCAAAGAUGAUAUUCUGGAUGGUUUUCGAGGAAUGGGUUAUGCUGGAGAUUUCUGUCAAAAGAAAGAAAUUAAGAGAGGAGGACUCACCAGAGACUGGAGAUUCAUCGUUCAUGUCAUUUCUAUGAGUCUGGCACACCGAAAGGGUGGUUAUGAUGGUUUGAACUUGGAAGGUCGGCAGCUAUGCUAA